AUGUAUUGGCUACACCCUUUUGUCCUUCGCCCUCAUUGCACAUACCCGGCCUCAUUACACCCCCCUUGGUGCCAAAUUUUUCAGCCUGAGCUGCCGCCCUCGAAGUGUGCUCGAGAUCGUUCAGUCGAAUCGUUUUCGUCCUGUUCCUCUGGCUCCUCGAGGUCCUCGAGGUCCUCCAAGCCCUCCAAAUCCUCAUCCUCUUCCGGAUCCAACUUGCCCCGAUCAUCGGUCUCCCCUUCCACGCUCAGUAGCGAGAGUCGAAGAAAGAAGAAAGUUUCUAGAAGUCAUAAGGAAAGUUACCCAAAGCGGCAUCAUCACCACCAUCAUCAUCGACGUCGCCGACAGACUGUGGCCAAGACACCUAGACAUGGUCACGAGACCAAGCAAUCAAAUCCUGUUAUGAUAUCGGUCGAACCAUUCUCUGUUCAGGAUGGAGUGACCUAUGUCAGUCCUGCUUCUGGCUCUGCACCUAGUCCAAGUCAUGGACAGAGCUCUCUUGAUGCGGUUGAUUCGAUACCUUCCUCCAUCCUUCCUCCCACUUCGCUUCCCUAUCUUCCCUCUAAAGAUCCCAAUACCACUAUGAAUGGUAACUCUUCGCUAUUGCUCGGGCAGCCACGCAGCUAUGGAGGUCCCAAUAAGGAUGAAAGGUCCAGUCUGACUACUAGCUCUAGUGGGCUCGUCUCUACAUCAACAUCAACAUCGGCCUCUGUUCGCCGUCCGGGCAACGGAGCUCACCAUCGACCUGGCCGGCACUCACGAUCCAAGUCCGGUUCCCGAUCAUUGUCACGGGCCCGAUCACGAUCCCUUUCAGAGUCAAGGUCGCCUCGUCCCUCACAGACGACUACCUGUUCUACUAGCUUGCGCGGCGGGCAUCGACAUCGCCACCGCAAAUCCGGCUCUUAUCGGAGAUCCAGAUCCAACUCCCGUUCUACUUUUUCUGCAACACGAUCUAUGGGGACGCUUUCAGGCACUAGAUUAACCAGUGGCAGUUUUGGUAGUAGUAGUUACUAUGCGCGCCGACAUGGAGGUCGCGGCGGUGGCACGAGUCUUUCUACAACUAGCUGGAGCACUAGUCGGCGGCGCCGAAGAAGACGCGGAAGUUCUUUUGGAUCCUCAAGUCGGUCUUCAUCACAGUCUUCACGCCCGUCGCCGCGGUCAUCUCUAUCGACUACUAGUCGACGUAGCCGCCGCCGAGCUUUAUAUGGUGAAAGCAGUACAACACAUACAGGCAGCAGCGACCGAAGGCCGGCUCAUGCUGUUGGAUAUAUUCGAAGAGAGAUGGCUGAGACAGCAAAGCUACGCUCUGCCUCAUAUACAUCUUCUGCCAGCUCUUACUCUAGAACUUAG